AUGCCUUUCGGCAUGAGAAGACAUCUGCUGCGCUUGAUUGCGCUGAUACGCAGUCAAGGCACUCAAACCAAGGCCGACAGCAAGGCCGGCAAGGCGAAAAGCUCGGGACGCCAGACUGAAGGUUGGUGCAAGAAGUCGUUUAAAGUUAUGGCCGAGGUAUGGCGUAAUGGACCAAGCGUUAGAGUGCACUCUAGGGCGGUGGCGAACAAGGUUACCCAAACGGCAAAGAACAACGGUGAUGCAGUGCCAAGACAAGGGUGGGCCAGACGAGUAUGUACUGUGAUGAUGGACAGAAAGGGUAAGAAGCCAAAAUGGAUAAUGUCAAGGUAG